ACGCAUCCACCUUCCUGGAUUAUUUUAGUUCAUCGCCGCCUCAACCCUACGAAGCCACCGUUCUCAAUAUACCGGGAAGGAUGUACCCGGUGGAGAUAGCGUACCUUUCGGAGCCAACUGAAGAUUAUGUUCGAGAAGCGGUCAAAGUUGUUUGGGAUCUACACCUAAAGGGAGGUUCACGAGGGUCUGGCGAUGUGCUUGUAUUCCUUACCGGAAGAGAAGAGAUCGAAAUGGCUCUAUACCAGCUUCCACCAAAGGCUCCUCGUUUGAGCGUGGUCCCCCUUCACGCUGGCCUUUCAACAGCAGAUCAGCUUCAAGUGUUUCAGGCCACAGAGCCAGAUACUCGCAAGGUGGUCAUCUCAACGAAUAUCGCUGAGGCUAGUGUAACCAUUGAUGGGAUUCGGUUCGUUGUAGAUUCUGGAUUUGUGAAGCAACUCCCUAAAUCAACGUCGCCAGAGCUGACCAGGGUUGACUUGGCGACUCCAAUUCUCCAGCUCAAAUCGUUAGGGAUUGACGAUCUCAUGAAAUUCGAAUGGGUCAGCGCACCCCCUUCUGAAAGUGUGCUACGCGCCCUAGAAUUACUGGUCAACGCCGGUAUGAUAAGUCAGCAGGAUGGCCGUUUGACAGAGAUAGGGUCAAAGGUAGCGGAAGUACCCGUAGAAAUUGGGGUUGCCAGAAUGCUUUGGGCUAGUAAAGAGCACAACUGUGGGGAAGAAAUCCUGACCAUUGCAGCUAUGGUAGCCGUUCAAGAUGUUUUUAUCAUUCCAGAUGGUUCUGCUGGUGCUCUGGCCGAAUUGGAGAGACGAAAGUUUACAGCGGAAGAGGGG